AUGGACAGAUACAUAUCGAAGGCAGCCAGCUUCUCUGGUAGAUUCGCUCAGACUCUAGUAGAACGAUCAAAAGAAGCUGCAGUUCCUGGUUACUCUUAUGACCACUCCGAAGACAAGGUCUCUGAAAUAAAGCAAUGUUUGGAUUCCAAGUUCGAUAAGGAGAAAAUCGAGGGCCUUAAGAGAUUAAUCGCGAUGAUUUCUAAAGGCCGGAACGUGUCUGAGUUCUUUCCAGAUGUGGUUAAGAAUGUAGCCGCAUCAUCCAUUGACGUUCGCAAAUUGGUGUAUAUUUAUCUAUUGAGAUAUGCUGAUAAAGAGCCGGAUUUAGCUCUAUUGUCUAUCAACACCUUCCAGAAAGAUCUGGGAGAUCGAAAUCCUUUAAUAAGGGCAAUGGCGUUACGUGUCAUGUCAAGUAUACGAGUGCCUGUGAUUGUCCCCAUCAUCAUGCUGGCGUUACGGAAAGCUCUUACUGAUCUAUCGCCAUACGUGCGCAAGACAGCUGCCAAUGCAAUACCAAAAUGUUACAGUCUGGACGCAUCACAAAAAGAUCAACUUGUUGAAGUCAUCACGCAGCUGUUAACUGAUAGCUCAACGGUCGUACUGGGAUCAGUACUUUCAUCUUUUAAUCAAGUUUGCCCAGAAAGGCUAGAUCUUCUUCACAAACAUUUCCGUAAACUGUGUCGAUUACUCAUUGAUACUGACGAUUGGGGUCAGAUUGAAGUUAUUGGUGUCUUGAUUCGGUAUUGUCGGACGCAAUUCUUGAACCCAAACCGUGAAGAGGUGCCGUCAUCAGACACGAAUGCUGCGAAUGCAAAGAAGGAUCGUGGAUUUUACAGUGAUGAUGAAGAGGAUGAAAGUCUCAAGAAGACUACCACUAAACAUAUGGAAGCAUCGAAACCAUUAGAUCCUGACCAUGCCCUUUUCUUACGUGCUUGUGCGACGCUAACGAAUAGUCGAAAUCCAUCGGUCGUGAUGAUGGUUGCUCAGGCAUACAUGGCAUUAGCACCACGAUCCGAUCUGACACGCAUAUCCAAAUCCCUCAUUCGCAUACUACGAGUAGCUCAACGUGAACAGAAAUAUGUAAUCCUGUCCAACAUUGCCUCACUAAGUCAUACACACCCAGACCUCUUUCGACCCUUCUUUAAGACUUUUUUUGUAUACGCCUCUGAUCCAGUCUUUAUACGGAAUCUCAAACUGGAGGUAUUAGCAUCCUUGGCUAAUGAGGCAACGAGCAGUUCCAUCAUGAGAGAGUUUAAAGAUUAUGUCAGGAGUCCUGAAAAGGAUUUGGUGGUUAGGACUAUACAAGUUAUGGGGAGGAUUGCUGCUGCUAUACCGUCAUUGGCAGAUGAGAGUUUAGCUGUAUUGAUGGCGUUAAUAUCGAGCAAGAACGAGGAUGUUGUAUCUGAAGCUGUGGUAGUAACGAGGAGGCUACUCCAAUUACGACCCACACAUGAAUCAAGUACUCAAGCAAUCACACAACUAGCUCGUGCAAUGGAUUUAAUCUCAACGUCAGCUGCUCGCGCUUCUAUACUCUGGCUUGUAGGACAAUACUGUAGUCAAAUACCACUAGUAGCUCCAGACACUCUACGCAAAGCCGCCAAAUCAUUCCCAUCAGAAUCCGAAUCUGUGAAACUCCAAGUAUUGAAUCUUGCAGCUAAAUUAACAUGUACUGCCAAAACGGAUGAAGUAGUGAAGCUAUUACUGAAUUAUGUAUUGGAAUUGGCUCGAUUUGAUGUAUCAUUUGAUGUACGAGAUCGAGCUCGUUUCUUGAAGGCUCUAGUAUGUGAUUUGCCUGCUGAUUCAGAGAUUGGGAAGAAUGUUGUGGAGGUUGUUUUGGGAGCUAAAGGGCAUCCUGUUUCGGAGUCGCCGUAUCAGAACAAUGAACGGUUUACCAUUGGCACUCUGUCUCAUUCGUUGGGUGUGGCAGCUAAAGAAUACACGAAUUUGCCACCGUGGCCAACUGUACAGCCAGAUCCUUCCGUUCGAGAUGUAGUGGACGAAGGAUGGAGUCGCGAUAGAGUCGUUGGAUCCCCCGAGAAAGACUUUCGAAAAUCAAGGAAGGUGCAGCCCAGCGCCCUGUCACUUGAUGCAUUCUAUGAUGAACAAGCUUCCUCAUCGUCAGAGGAGAGCGAGGAUGAAGACGAGGAUGAUGAAGAGGAGGACGACGAUGAAGAAGAAGAGGAUGACGAUGAAGAAGAGGAUGAAGAAGAGGAUGACGAAGAAUCAGAGGAUAACGAGACGAAACAUUAA